CACAUAGCUUCGCGCUUCACUCAUCUCUCCACUUUUCCCUUUUUCUUCCUCUCUUUAAAAAAAAAAGAAAAGCAAAUCUCUUCCUUAUAGUAAACAUUUUUUUUUCAGUUCCUUCUAGUGUUAUAAUGGCAGCACAAGAUCGACAAGAAGAUCAACCUGAACUCCAGAACUACAAGACUUGGGUUUUGAAAGUUUCCAUUCACUGUGAAGGCUGUAAAAGGAAAGUUAAGAAAAUUCUCCAACAAGUACCUGGAGUGUAUACUAUAGAUAUCGAUCUCAAGCAACAGAAAGCAAUAGUAACUGGGAAUGUAGAAGCAGAAGCUCUUCUCAGGAAACUACACAAAUCCGGUAAACACGCUGAAUUAGUACCACAACAGACUGAUCACAAGGAGAAAAAGUCUGCUAAGAUCAAGAGCAAAGAGAAACAAAUUAACCCACAAAACAAAGAAGCAGAAUCAACUACCCAACUUGAUAUCAAUACCCACAAAAAUGUCAAAUCAAAUGAAAAAAUUGCAGCACCCAAAGAACCUUCAGUAAAAAUUCAAGAGGCAAGUGAUGAAGCAGUACCCAAACGGAGUGAAAAACCUAGCACCGGUUCAGCGAAACCGACAGAAGAAACCGGCACCGCCUCUGGUGACAAACCGGUGGAGGCUGAAAAAGAGAAUGAAACAGUUGAGGAGAUAAAAUCUGAAGGAAAAAAAACGGUAACCGACUCUACCGGUAAACAACAAAUUCCGGUGGCGGCGGAGGAAAAGGUUACUGAUAGUGAUGAUGCUUCAGCUAGUGGCGAAAAAAGCGGUGGUGGCCCAGUUGGUGAAGCAAGUGGCAAUACUGGUAAAAAGAAGAAAAAGAAAGGGCAAAACAGUAACAACGUUGAGGGCACACCAUCAAUUGUUGCUCCGGCAGGUCCAGUAUUCGAAAAUCAUAACAUAGGACCACAAGUCUUUGCGCCGACCAAUGAUAGCCCUCCACGUCAUCCAUCUUAUCAUUAUUACCCGCAACAGGGCCCACAGUUCUACGCCCCACCACCAGCACCAGCAUACGUCGUUAGCUACAAUACGGCUCAACCUACGGCUAACUAUACGGCAUCGUAUUAUGCUCCGGCACCUCCCACUUCGUAUGCCUAUACGUAUUCCGGUCCUAGUCAUGUAACGGAACCUCCACCGUCCGAUGUGGAUACGUAUCCACGCCAACCGUUGGAUUCGUUUGAAAUGUUUAGUGAUGAAAAUCCUAACGGAUGUUUUAUCAUGUAAUGCAAUUAUGAAAUCCUACGUAUGUUUGUACGUAGGGUUUCGGUGUAUACGGACUUAUACUACUUGUAUGGUUUCGGUGUAUACGGACUUAUACUACUUGUAUGAGUACAUGUAUUAUGUAGAUAUAAGUAUAAAAAUGGUGAAAUUAGGGUAUAAUUUAGAAAAUGUUAGGUGUUAGUGUUGGGGGUCUUUAAUCUUUUAGUGGGUUGUUGCUUCUUUGUUGAAAUUUGUAGGAUGUAGCUUUAUUUAGUAAACAUUUUCGUUUUUUAGUCUUAAAAGUAGCUUAGCCUUGUAAUGCUUAGUUGUAUUUUUGGCCUUUUUGCCUCAUUCAUCUCCUUUCUUUUCCUCUCUAA